AGAAUUCGCGCAUGAGAUGGCGCGGUCGCGCCUCGGCCGCGUGCUCCGGAGGCUCGACGCGCUGACGGACUGGGAGCGCGGCUCGCGCGCCGGCAUGGCGGCCGCCGUCACCGCCCAGCCGUGCGCCGAUCUGCUCAGCGUGCUCGGUGAGCCGCAGCGCCGGUUCCGCCACGUGCACGUGGCUGGCUCAAAGGGCAAGGGCAGCACGUGCGCGCUGCUGGGCUGCGCGCUCGAGCGGGGCGGCUGGAGGACCGCCGUGCUCUCGUCGCCGCACGUCGAGAGCCUAACAGAGCGCGUGCGGAUCGAUGGGCAGCCGAUCGGCGAGGCGCCGCUCGCGGACGCGCUGGAGGCCGCGCUCGACGCGCGCGCGGCGGCGGCGGCGCGCGGCUCCGGCGGCGGCGGCGCGAGCUGGUUUGACGUCUUUGUCGCUGCGUCGCUGCUCGCGUGUGCUGAGGCGCGGGUGGGCUGGGCUGUGGUCGAGUGCGGCCUCGGCGGCCGGCGCGACUCGACGAAUGUGCUGGGCGCGGAGGUGGCGCUGCUGACGUCGGUCGAGCUCGAGCACACCGAGGUGCUCGGCGACACCCUCGCGGCGAUCGCGGCCGAGAAGGCUGCCAUCGUGGCGGAGAGAGGCGCGCUGCUUGCGUGUGUGCCUCCCCACCUCACGCCCGCGGUGCGCGAGGAGGCGCGGCGGCGGCGCGGCGGCUCGGUCACUCAGCUGCCGCCGUCGGCCGACCGAGACGCCGACAACGUGGAGCUCGCCCGCCUCGCGCUCGACGAGCUAGGCAGGCGCGGCGCCACCGCCGCCGCCGACGCCGCCUCUGCCUCCGCCUCCGCCUCCGCCUCCGCCUCCGCCUCCGCCUCCGCCUCCGCCUCCGCCGCCUCUGCCGCUGGCACCGGCCGGUGGCUUCUCGGCCGCCACUUGCUGGGGGAGGAGGAGGUGCGGAUGGCGCGGCGCCGCCUACCCGCACGGUACGAGGCGCUCGAGUCCGCGUGUGGCGUGGCCGUCCGCCUCGACGCCGCGCACACCGCCGCCAGUGCCGCGAAGCUCGUCCGCACCGUCGCGCGCGGCGGCGGCGGCGAGGCGGCGCGCCCGCCGGUGUUGCUCGUGGGAAUGCUCGAUGACAAGGACCACGCGGCCGUCGGCGCCGCUCUCGCGUCGCUCGCGCCGCCGCACGCCGUGGUGUGCGACGUGCUCCCCACCGCCGCCGGCGGCGGCGGCGGCGGCGCUGUCCCGAGGCCCGGCGGCGACGCGGCGGCAGCUACGGCCCUCCGCGAGGCGGUCUCUGCCGGCGGCGGAGGAGGCGGCGCCGUCGUCGAGAUGGCGGCCGACGUCGGCAGCGGGCUCGAGGGCGCGCUCGCGGCGGCGAGGCGCCACGGCACGUGGCUGCUUGUCGCGGGCUCGUUCCGGCUCUGCGGCGCGGUUGCCGGGUCCAUUGACGCAGACUUGCUGGAGAUUGAAGAGGUGCUCGGCGUGCGAUACUGCGAUCCGAGCCAGAUGACUGCGGUGGCGCUGAGUACAUCAUCCGCCGGCGGGGACGAGGCCGGGGACGAGGCCGGCGGCGGCGAGGGCCGUUCGCGGGCGGGCGGCGGCUAA